AAGGGCUGCAGAGCGGGUUCGCCUUGGCUGGGGCCAGCGGUGGCCACGUCACGGCCCCGCCCUCCAGCGGUUGAUGACGUCAAGACCCCUCCCCAGCUGCUUUCCUCCCGCCAGCACCGGAGCCGCAUCCUUGCCGCCGCCGCCGCCGCUGCCACCGCGGCCCACGUGUAGCUCUCCGCAGCCCCUUCUUUUGGGACCGGAUCCGUCUCGACCCACCACCGCAAGCUAUAGGAUGGCAGCCACUACAGGAUCGCUGGAGGCGGUGAAGCGCAAGAUCCAGGCGCUGCAGCAAGAAGCCGACGAGGCCGAGGACCGCGCCCAAGUCUUGCAACGCCAGCGCGAUCAGGAGCGGGAGCUGCGCGAGAAAGUGAGCAUCGACGGCGGGGCGGGGGAGAGAAAAACAAAAAGCCUCGGACGGGACGGCCUCCCUUGCCGGGGCCCCCCGCGCUCCCUCUGGCUCUGCCUCCCCUCCUCCGCUUCCUCGCCUCGCCUGCCUUCCUCUCUUCCUCACAUCCCAACCCGGCCAGACCGCCGCCGUCGCCGCCUGAUAUGCCUUUUGCCCGUAUAAGGCAAGGCUGGAGGA